UUGCUGGGCUCCUUCUUGCUGAGCUCCUUUUUGCUGGGCUUCGUUUUGGGGUCCGGAGCCAGGAUCGUGCAGAUGUGAGGGCUGCCAGGGUGUUCGGAUGUUGAACGAUUUCGGCAGUUCCUUCUGACGAGCCUCCCUUUCUACCUCUCAGGUAUUGAUUUUAAAGUGAAGAAAAUGCUGGUGGAGGGCCGUGCAGUGCAGCUGGCCAUAUGGGUAGGUUUUGUUCCACACUGAUGGGGUGUGUUGGGUUUUGAGAGGUGUGCAAGCUUCAGGAGCUUCUUUUUGUGGUUUCCUCGCUUCCUUCCUGCUCCUCCUCUCUCUUUGCUGAAGUCUUCCUCACGUUGAGAUUUCAUGAGUGUCGUGAUGGCACAGCAGGAGCUGCAGACAAACAAAACCACUUCUAAAGGCUUCCUUAGUCAAGUGUAUGAUGUUACAAGAAAAGCCACUUUCACAGGCCUGGGGAGGUGGCUGAACGAGCUGGAGAUGCACACCACCCCCAGCAGCACCGUGAAGAUGUUGGUUGGCAACAAAACUGAUAAGCCUGAGCGUGAAGUGGAGAGAAAAGAAGGGCUCCAGCUUGCCAGGAAACACUCACUGCUUUUUAUAGAGACCAGUGCCAAGACCCAGGAUGGAGUGCACCAUGCCUUUGAGGAGUUGGUCAUAAAGAUCCUGCAGACUCCAGAUCUUUGGGAUAAGGGCACAGGGAAAAAGGGAAUCCAGCUCACGGAAUCUUCAGCACAGCAGCACAAAGGGUUAUGUGCUGCCUACUGUGCACUUAUUUAAAUGUACAGCUGGCUGUUCUGCCUGAGUGGAGGAAAAAAAAAUGGGGUGGGGAUGGGAUUCCCAGCACCAAUCUGUGCCAUCAGUUGUGCAGAUGCAAACCACAAACUCAUUAGCAAAAUACAUUUUUAUUCAUUAACAAAAUGCAGUUUCUCCUUCCCUUUUGCACAACUGCUGCCUGCAGGUAUUUUUCUGGUAGCUCUUAGAUUUUUCACUAUUAAAUCAUAGUGCUGCUUAGAGAAUUGUGCUUUUGCUGUAUUCAGCAUGGACUUUUGCUGGAAUUCCUGCCUCAGCAUAAAUUAAUUGGUAUUAAAUUCUGCAAUAUUAUUGAGAAGCUUCUUUUGCCUUGGAUGGCAUGGGAGGCUUUGAGGCACCCAAGUCACCUUCAUGCAGUUUCUCAGCAGGAAUUUGAUCAGUGGACAGAGUUUCCUGAUUUUGGAUGGUUUUAAAAAGUCAAAAUUGGGAUAUGUGCCCAGGCAGUAAGCUGAGUUACUGGUUAAUUUGGGGGCUGUGAUGAAGAGGAUGUGAAUUUUAACAUUGUCAGGAAAAGUGCAGGACACUGAAGGUUGACCCUGUGCUGUUUGCACUGAGGAUCAGGGAUUAAUUUUAGGGCUGUGGUGAAGAGGAUGUGACUUUUAACAUUGUCAAGAAAAGUGCAGGACACUGGUGAUUGCUGUUCUCUUUGCACUGAGGAUCAGGGAUUGAUUUUAGGGCUGUGAGGAAGAGGAUGUGCAUUUUAACAGGAACAGUGCAGGACACUGUGGUUGCUGUACUGAGGGGCAGGGGUGAGGUGCACUCAUCAUUUUGGGCUGUGGUUUUGCAGUCACUGAGAGUCUCUGCAAACCCUUGUCCUCUUCCAGAAACCACAGAUAAAAUUGGAGAUUUUAUCAGAAUUGAUAAAAAUGUUAUCAGAAAUUGAUAAAACUCAAUUUCACAGAAAAUGUGCUGCCUAUGGGAGACUUUGCACUUGGGUGAGUCUGUCACCAACCCCACUAUGAAGUUACCCUUUUGUCUUUUACACUUUUAAUGGCAAUAUUGUAUUUUUGCUAACUUACAUUAAAAUAAAUGAAAAUUCCAGAUGUAACUUGUGCCUUGCUUUUGUUAAUGCAUAUUCCUACUAUUAGACUAUGUUAGAUAAUAAAGCAAACAUACAGCUUUA